UCAGAACCCGAUAGAUUUGUACGUGUUUGCUGCAACUCCAUUACGAAAGAAUGCGUCUUCUCUGUUUCUUUAAGCAAUGCCUCUCCGUAUUCUCCAUCAAUUCCUACCUCAAAACCUCCAUUUGCUUUUUUUUAUUCACUAUUCUUAAGCCUAAACUCUAAGGAACCCACGAACUACCACCCAUACGACGUUCCAACCAUAUGACUCUGAUAUAAGCCUUCAUAUAUACAGCGUUUUUUUUCCUUCUAUUUGGAACCAAACCCGAAGACCCAUUUACAUUUUCGGUUGUUUUCGGUCUUGGGCAUUGCGUUUGCAGGUAGAAAAAUGAGGACUGGUGGGUGGGUUUUUGCUGUUCUUAUCGUCUUCGGUUUUGUUUGGAGGAUUGGUGCGGAACGGAAUGUGCGUACAGAGCGAAUCUCAGGAAGUGCUGGUGAUGUCUUGGAAGAUGAUCCAGUAGGAAGGCUGAAAGUUUAUGUAUAUGAGCUUCCAAGCAAAUACAACAAAAAGCUUCUUCAGAAGGACCCUAGAUGUCUGACCCAUAUGUUUGCUGCUGAGAUCUUUAUGCAUAGGUUCCUCCUAUCCAGCCCUGUUCGAACCCUUAAGCCUGAAGAAGCAGAUUGGUUUUACACCCCAAUAUACAUCACUUGUGACCUCACACCAACUGGCUUGCCAUUGCCCUUCAAGUCUCCACGGAUGAUGAGAAGUGCAAUACAGCUCAUCUCUUCAAAUUGGCCCUAUUGGAAUCGAACAGAGGGGGCUGAUCAUUUCUUUGUUGUGCCCCAUGACUUUGGAGCCUGCUUUCAUUAUCAGGAAGAGAAAGCUAUUGACCGGGGCAUUCUUCCAUUACUUCAGCGUGCUACCUUGGUUCAGACUUUUGGACAACGUAACCAUGUGUGCCUCAAUGAAGGUUCAAUCACUAUUCCUCCAUAUGCUCCCCCUCAGAAAAUGCAGACCCACCUGAUUCCCCAAGACACUCCACGGUCCAUCUUUGUCUACUUCCGUGGCCUGUUCUAUGAUGUUAAUAAUGAUCCAGAAGGUGGUUAUUAUGCAAGGGGUGCAAGGGCAGCAGUUUGGGAGAACUUUAAGGAUAAUCCACUUUUUGACAUCUCCACUGAUCACCCAACCACAUAUUAUGAGGACAUGCAACGAGCUAUAUUCUGUUUGUGCCCUCUGGGGUGGGCCCCAUGGAGUCCUAGGCUUGUUGAAGCAGUGGUUUUUGGUUGUAUUCCUGUGAUCAUAGCAGAUGAUAUCGUUUUACCCUUCGCCGAUGCCAUCCCAUGGGAGGAAAUCGGAGUGUUUGUGGCUGAGGAAGAUGUCCCUGAUCUAGAUACCAUUCUUACAUCUAUACCUCCAGAUGUAGUCCUAAGGAAACAAAGGCUGCUUGCAAAUCCAUCCAUGAAAUGGGCAAUGAUGUUCCCACAACCCGCACAACCAGGGGACGCUUUUCAUCAGAUACUGAAUGGGCUGGCUCGCAAGUUGCCACAUGACAAGCAUAUUUACUUGAAGCCUGGAGAAAGGAUCUUGAAUUGGACUGCAGGACCUGUUGGGGACCUCAAACCUUGGUAAUGAAGGCAUUGAUUUGUAUAUUCCUGACAAAGGUGUCGACCUGUACCAGAGAUGUAAUUUUCUCUGUUUCUGGAACUUAUGAUUUUUGUAGAGAUGGAUGCAUACAUCCUUUCAGGAAAUUGGAAUAGGAGAUGCAUAUUUUUCCCUGUGCAUCGGCUAAUUCAUAAUUUCUUACA